UCCAAAAAUGAGACUAAAAAAACCCCUACCGGUGACAAUGACCAAUAUGAAUAGUGACUAAUCUGACCGUUGCCAAUUUGAUCGUGACCAAUUCAACCACUGGCCAAUCCUAUCUAUGACCGUGACCAACCCGACCAAUGGUCAUGAUCUGAUCAGUGACCAACCCGAUCAACGACCGUGACCAAUCCAAUCAGUGACCAACCCCACCAACGACCGUGACCGACCUGAUCAGUGAUCAAAUCACAAUUACCAUGACCAAAUUCGACCAGUGACCAACCCGACCAACGACCGUGACCGACCCGACCACUGACCAAUCCACAGUUACCAUGACCAAAGACGACUAGUAAACAGUCACUGCCGCUCUCGACCACCCCUGACCACCGCAUCCCCGACCACCCCCAACCACCGCCGUCACAGACAACCACCACGUGAGCCUGAUGACAGCCGUCACUGCCCCUGUCCGGGAAGUACACCCUCCUCAGCCCCUCCCCUGCACCAGCCCCAUCCCCUCCACCAGCCCCCUCCCCUGCAUCAGACUCUUUCCCCAGAACCUCUCGCACCCCUUAAUCUCCAACCCUACCUUCCGCCGCCGCUAGAUCUGGACCAGGAUCUGGAUCUCCGAUGGUCGCCGUCGCCAACCGUCUGUAGUCUCAACUCAACGUCGCUUGCCUCCGAUAGUCGGCCAUCGCAGGUUGCUGCAGUGAGACGAAGAAGAUGACAGAUCUCCAUUCCAGCAAAGAAUCGAGAAGAAGAAUAGAGAUCUAAAGUUUCCUGGCGACGGUUCGGCGACGACGGUAACACGGGUGCUCGGCGAUGGCUCGGCGACGACGGUAGCACAGGUGCUUGGCGACGGCUCGGCGAUGACGGCUCGGCGACGACAGUGACAUAGUUGCUGCGCGAUGGAAGGUAGCGGAAGAGAGAAACUCUAUCUUCCCAUUUUAAUUUGGUCCGCAGGAAGAAGAACUUUAGAUAUGGUUCUGCUGUGAGGAAAUUGAGUAUUCAGAAGAAAUGUCGAACAAGAAAAGGCAUAUUUGUUAGAGAGUAUCCGAGAUGGAAUUAGCUGUUUGAAUGCAAGGGAUGAAGGUGGGAGCUUUCCACCCCAAUCUAUUGGUGUAGGGGCAAAGGUGAUUUAUGCUGUCUCUCCUGCCUUGGGUCACAACAAGGAAUCACAUCCAGAAUGCAACUCCAGAGUCCCUGCAAUUCUGAAUGCUCUGGAGAAGAUGGAGUUAACUUCAGAGCUAUGGUACACAUAGAUGUUAAGUUUGAUCAAUUUUUGAAUCGUGAUCGCUUCGUAUUUCAUGCAGAGUGAGUGUUAUGAUACAGACUUAUAGUCUUAUAGGAAUCACCUAAUCAAACAACUGCAUUGUACUUCAACAUGGAGCAUCCGGUAUCAUUGAACUGCAGAAGUUUAGACCGGCUACAGUAGAUGAAAUAGCAGGUGUUCAUACCACACCCUACAUUUCAGGCCUUGAGAAGGCUAUGAAUCGGGCUUCAGAAGAAGGUCUAAUUCUUAUUGAUGGGUCUGGACCAACUUAUGCCACCGCAACCGUAACAAUUGGCUUAUUUUCUUUAUCUCAAUUCUCCUAAUUGUUGUUUAUGAUGACAAGUGGUCUUAGUUGCAUGGUGGCGGCAUGGUUCCAGUGUUGUUAUAUAGUCUUGCUUUGGGGCGGGUGGGCUAAUUUGUUGUUGUUAUUGGUGUUGUCAGUAUUUUAUGGAUGGGUUGAAUAUAUUUAUCACUGUUUGUUUCUAGUUUCUGCUAUGUAGACUCUCUUUCACCCUUAGAGAUCAUUGUGAUAACUUCACAAUAGCAGUCAGCAGAACCCUCAUCAAGUCAAGCCUGCUUAGUCAAGAGUGUAUUGAGUUAUUUACCGAUAACUGAAUGAACGAAUCAAUAUGUUACAUCAGUUUUGUUUCUAUGCUAUAAUGUCAUGAAUGUUUGUAACUAUAGUACCAUUUUACUUUUCCUCUUUGACAAUGAUGCAGACAUUCCAAGAGUCUUUAAUGGCAGCCGGAGCUGGUAUUUCUUUGCUUGAUUCAGUGGUAACGUUUUAAUAUAUGAUGUUACUUUCCUUACUGAUGAAUGCUCACUUCUCCACUUUUUUAAGCUGCUAGGGUCAUGAAGGACGGGGAUUUCCCAAUACCUGCCAUUGUUGCUUCCAUAAUCUGCUAGCAGGCACGAACACUAAAGAGAUGUUUCUGGUACCCUUUGCAACAAAUGGAUACGGCUGACAUUUGUGGGGAACAGCAAGGAGGACUUUAGGUGUUGUUUGAGUUAGGGGGCUUGAUUUGCAACCUUGACAUAUUUAAAAAUCAUGAAAAAAGGUUGUCAUCCCUUUCAUUUUUUCUUGAACGCCUCACUCAAUCCUGUAUCUGAACCAACUGGAGAAGGCUGGUUUGGAGAAGGACUUAAGCUAAUUGUCAGAGAAAAUAUGAAUGCUGUGACAACCCACAUUCUGAUAUUAUGUCAUAUUUCUUGCUUUUUUAAAAUGUUGGACACAAGGCAAGCAAUUGAACCUCUCCAGUCCUUACCACUUGCUGUGAAACAUCCCAGAAACUUUUCUUCAGUGUCCUUGGCUGAUUAUGGUGCACCAAACACCAGGUAGCUUCAUCGAAAAUUAGUCAGGACCCUCCUGUUGGUUUUGCUUUGAUACGGCCUCCAGGUCAUCAUGCGGUUCCAAAGGGGGCCAUGGGGUUUUGUGUGUUUGGAAAUGUUGCAAUUGCAGCACGUUACGCUCAGCGUGUGCAUGGUUUAAAGCGUGUUUUUAUCAUUGACUUUGAUGUUCAUCAUGGCAAUGGAACCAACGAUGCCUUCUAUGAAGAUCCCAAUGUUCUUUUCCUUUCGACUCACCAAGAUGGGAGUUACCCUGGAACAGGUAAAGUAUAUCAGGUUGGAGCUGGAAAAGGUGAAGGAUCAACUCUGAAUCUUCCUUUACCAGGUGGAUCAGGUGAUACUGCCAUGCGGAAGGUGUUUGAUGAUGUUAUUGCACCAUGUGCACAGAGGUUCAAACCAGAUAUAAUCCUGGUCUCAGCCAGUUAUUGUUUUGCAUCCAGAUAUGAUGCACACAUGCUGGAUCCCCUAGGCAGUCUGCAAUUUACAACAGGGACAUAUUGUAAAUUGUAUAUUGCAAUUUACAUGCUUGCUUACAACAUCAAACAACUAGCCAAGAAUUUGUGUGCUGGCAGCUGGCCGUUGCGUCUUUUUCUUGGAAGGAGGGUACAAUCUGUACUCUCUUUCCCACUCAGUUGCAGACUCAUUCCGCGCUUUUCUUGGGGAACCAAGCUUGGCUAAAACGUAUGAUGAUGUUACUCUCUUGUACAAAGAACCAUCUACCAAAGUAAAUCAAGUAAUAGAGAAAAUCAAGCACAUACAUUCUCUCUGAGAAGAGAUUCAGGUCAGUUUGUGUAAUAAUACUACUAGUCACCGUCAACUUCAUAUGUUUCCACAAAAAAAGUGUGGUAAUUUCAACACUGGUACACCUUUAAAAAAAAUUACACACUAAAUGACUCAAGUUGUACAUCCUUAGACCUCAAAGGAACAUAUUCUCCACGAUAAACCUCUAGAUGAUCAGACAAAGAGGACUUGUCAAUAUUUUCAUGGUGAUAUGAUUUGCAGAUAAAGUAGAUGAUCGUCUGAGUUGUGAGUCCGAAGAGUAUCAAAACUGCCAACAACAUUACAAACAAAAUUCCAUAAACUACCCUCCCUGCAUCUCCACCUCCAUAGCCGAGUACCACAAGGUACUCAAACCCUGUAUGAAUCCCGAAGAAAACCAUGUUCAUAAGCAAGAAAAUGACCGAUGAAAUACCCAUUUUACCCUUUAUCAGGCUUUGACUCUUGAUCAUGGCAUUUAGUCCAUGCACAUCUUCAAGCACCGAUACCACACUCGCGAGAUGAUAUAUAACAGUGAUAUAAACAAAGCCCACCAUGUAGAUGAUGAAUAAAAGUGUAACAACGGACACUCCGAUUGCUCCGGGGCCCACCGUUACCAGCCAGAUAAUCAUAAUGAACAUGGCCAUGACAUUGUAAGCAAGAAGGAUGGCAAAGCUCCAUAGGAAUGUGACCAUUAGGCGUUUCCAGACUUUAGGGACAACGGACAUGACCUUCUUGAAGGUGAUGUCCUUGGCGGUGUAGAUGGAGGCAAUGGUGUAGACAACAGCGGAGGUGGAAAGGAGGGUGAGGAUGAAGAAGAAGAUGGAGUAGGCUAUCUUGAAGAGCCAGAAGAUGGUCCAUUCAGAAUACAGGACAUCUGAUAUCUUGUUGUACGCCUUGGUUCCUUGCUGGAUUCUAUCAAUAAUAUAUUCGUCCCGAAGGAUAUCUGUGAAAAUUAGGUCGGAUAUCUCAACAUGUGCUAGGUAAAUGAAAGCCAGAGGGAUGAUCAUGGCGGAUGUUAUCUGCAUAAAAAUCUUCUUCCAUGUUGAAACCAGGGUAAAUGAUUCCUUGAAUAUGCCGAGGAACCCGAGAAACUGAAUCUCGUCUUGUUCUCUGUCCAUUAAUGUAAUGAUCAGAUGAGAUGAACAAAUAAUUAAUCAAGAACGUAUAUGGAAGAUGAUGUUUUUUUUUCUCAAUAGUUUUACAAAGGCAUUAUAUGUAUUCAUCUGACACCUCAUUAUAUUGAGGGAGGAGGAUGAGGAAAGGUCUAUUCUACGUUGAGAAAAGAAC